UCAUCCCAAGAAGAGUUCAAUAUAAAAUGCCUGCCUAUGGCCCUAUUGAUAAAAAUGAUGCGAUUGUAAUUUUCCACCAAAAGUCCAAAGCUUGGAAAUAAUGACUGAAGUUUUAUCGAAGUACUGUACUGAUUUGCAAGGAAUGCGCCAGGGGGUGGCCGGGACUUACAGACGUUUAGUGGUUUUACUGGUUUUGAAUUCUAACGCAACCAUUAGUGAUUAGUAAAUAACUUCCGUUACUCGCUGAUUGCUUUAUACUGUAUUCUUCAAUCUUCAUCCGUCGCCAUGCAGCAUCUGGGCUCAGAAAUUGUGGAUGCGCUGAGAGGCAAGUUGGACAUCUCUUAUCUGGACUGCGUAAAAGCUGCGACCUGUGUUAUGGAAAGCCUCUCUGAUUUCCUCGCGAAAACUCAAGGCAUCAUCGACAUGGGAAUUCUUCGGCAACUUCAGAUGGACGUUAAAGAUGGUCAAAAAGCUUUAGAUGCGAAAAGAGCGAAAGAAUGUAUCGACUACCGGACAUCGGUGAAAAUGAUAGAUCGGCUUGUGGGUUUUCGUCAGGGUUCCGAUAAUUUCGAGCGAAUGUGGCCGGGUGGAAAAUAUUCCGCGGAGGAAAAUGUCGAGCUUCAUGAGAAUGCCGCCAGUUUGCUGCAGCGACUCAGGACAAUUUUGUAAGUGCGAGGUAUGCAUCACAUUCUCAAAAUUCACAAUCAGAUACUAGGUGAUCCAUUUAACAGGUUUUUACUGUCAUAAUAAGGUACAUACUGCAUAGUGCAUGGUACAUACUUGAAAUUCGCAGAUUUUGUUGGUGCUUGUUCGUAUCGAUUUUUCCCGAGCAUGUGCACCGUUUUAUUUUUACUGUGGAGCACACUGAGGUUUUCAAAAUUUUAUGUUUGGUUUUUUUUUGCAUUUUGUUUGGGGUGUGUGUUUGUGUGGAUUUUACGUUUGUGCGUGUUUAUGGAAUUUUUUUAGUGUUUUCGUAAUUACAUUUUUACGUGGAAUUUUAUCGCUGCUAUUCGUCCAUUGGUAUUAUCAUGCAGAACCUGGGAAAUCCUCGGAUUCUCCAUGAAGUCAUAGAAUAUCCCGGCUCUGGUUAUGCGGAUGAAUUCAAAGUCAUCACCGUUUUAGCGGAUGAAUUGUUAUGGUUGCUGCAGAACAAUGAAUACUCUCACACCACUUCCUACUUGGCCUCAUUUGACGACAUCUGUGAUAUCUUAUUGCAUUCCAUUUCAAUACACACUUAUGCACUGGAUGUAAUCUGCACAAAUGAAGUGAUUCGUUCUUGUUUAUUUCGAAUUUGCAAGAAAGUGUUGACAUCUGGGACGUCGAACGUUGUCCAUGAUGUGGAGUGUUGGAGACUGUUGGGAAAUGGAUGAAACUGACAACUUAUGUCGUCUCUCAUCUGACAAAGGAUCCCACUUUCAGACCCGAAUUCCCUGAUGACCGAUGGACAGAUGAAGUAUUCCCAGAUAGCAGUGCGUUUUUCGAACAGUUCGUGCCAAAGUUGGAGUGUCUAAAAACUGCAGCGUUUUCCCGGCUCAAGGAGCAGUUUAUCGCCUUGAUUGUCGCCUUUUCUUGCCUUCACUCGGAUUCCGCUCGUGACUGCAACGAGGGAAUCUUGAAAUAUUUAAAUAGAUUUUUGUCUUUCGCAAAAACGGAUGAUGAAUUAUUGGAAUUAAUCGUGUACGUCGUUGUUGGAUGGUGGAAUCAUGAUGGCGUUGGAUCUGUUUUGGACGGUACGAAUGUUGCGGAUGAUUUUGGUCUGCAAAGUUCCAUGAAACUUAUUUCCCGGUUUCUCGUUAGUCUCCUUGAUGUUAAAAUUAUUUCCGUUGACUCUGGCGUCAAGUUCUUUUGCGCAUCUGACACAGACCUGAAGGAAUGGGAGGACGGAUUUUAUCUGAUUCGAGAUAGCGAUGUUGUCUUGCUUAAAGAAGUGUGCUCUCGUAUUAUGGCCGACUGCAGCGAGGAUGAACCGGUCUACCAGGAAGCGUACUUGAUGGAAAAGCAUAUUACGCAAAGCGCCAGAUGUUGAAGCAUAUAUUGUUUGUUGAAUGGACGUGGCGAUGUGAUGUUUAGUUUCCGUUUGAAAAGUUUUAUUUCGAUGUGAUGUUGAUGUUUUACUUUGAUUGUUUGGCGGUAUCUCAGUGUACAUUAAGGCCUUGUCGAGGAUUACGGAAGAGAGUGUGAUUUGAAGCCCUGAGUGACUGCAGUUUUUUCAGGAUA